AUGAGGCGGCUCCUGGUUCUUGUCGUGCUGUUCUUGGCGCUGCACGGAUGCGCGGCGGAAGGGGAGGCCGGCGAGGGCUCACCGGCGGCGGCUGCGCCGGGGGAGGCGGAGGCGGAGGAGGCGCCGAUGGAGGAGAAGGAGAAGCGGGCGCUGUACGCUGCCAUCGAGAGCUUCGUCGGCAAAGGCUGGAACGGCUCCGGCCUCUUCCCUGACCCCUGCGGCCAGACUCCCAUCCAGGGAGUGUCAUGUGACCUCUUCAAUGGACUGUGGUACCCGACAGUGAUGAGCAUCGGUCCAGUGCUGGACAACUCGCUGCAGUGCGCCCCGGACGCCAAGUUCAGCCCGCAGCUGUUCGACCUCCGCCGCCUCAAGAGCCUCUCCUUCUACGCCUGCUUCCCGGCGACCAACCCCACGCCCAUCCCGGCGAACAGCUGGGACAAGCUCGCCGGCACCCUGGAGACGCUCGAGUUCCGCACGAACCCAGGCCUGACCGGCGCCAUCCCGGCCGCCCUCGGCCGCCUGGCAAGCCUCCAGUCCCUGGUCGUCGUCGACAACAACCUCACCGGCGCCGUGCCGCCGGAGCUCGGCGCGCUGGCGAGGCUGCGGCGGCUCGUGCUGUCCGGGAACGGGCUGUCGGGCCCGGUGCCGGCGACGCUCGGUAACGGCCUGCACAACGACCAGCUGCUGAUCAUGGACAUGAGCAAGAACUAUCUAACCGGGUCUCUGCCUCCGUCGCUAGGUGGGCUCAAGGGGCUGCUCAAGAUGGACCUGAGCAACAACCUGCUCGAAGGGAGCGUCCCGCCGGAGCUGGCCGGGCUCGAGAGCCUCACGCUGCUCGACCUCCGCAACAACAGCCUCACCGGCGGGCUGCCGGAGUUCGUGCAGGGGAUGGCCUCGCUGCAGGACCUGCUGCUCUCCAACAACCCGCUCGGAGGGACUCUGAUGCGCUCUAACUGGGAGAGGAUGGCGAGCCUCGCCACGCUGGACCUGUCCAACGCCGGGCUGGUCGGGACCAUCCCGGAGUCCAUGGCGGCCAUGUCCAGGCUGCGGUUCCUGGCGCUCGACCACAACCGCCUCUCCGGCGCCGUGCCGCCCAAGCUCGCCGCCAUGCCGAGCAUCAGCGCCAUGUACCUCAACGGCAACAACCUCACGGGCGCGCUGCAGUUCUCGGCCGCGUUCUACCAGAGGAUGGGCAGCAGGUUCGCCUCCUGGGACAAUCCCGGCUUGUGCUACAGCGGUGCCGCCGGCGACGGUGCGCCCAGCGGCGUGGCGGUUUGCAAGGACGUGCAGGAGCCGCCCACCGUCGGCGUGAGGGACAGGGUGGAUGGGACUGGGAGGAAGCCCGAGGCGAGCUCCAGCUUGCAGGCGUCCUCGUCGUCGUCUGCUGCCAUGGUCACCGGACUAUGGUGCUUGAUGCUGAUGCAAUGGAUGGUCAUGGUGGUGUUUUAGGCAUGCAACAAGUUCAGAUAGAAGGAUGAAAUUAUAGCUAGCUCGACGAAUAGUAUCCAUGGCUGCUCUCACUUUUGGCAUUUUGGCGGUUGGUUCUUCUGCCUAUGAAGAACAGAAGCAAGAGGCAACUAGUGGUUAAUCACAGUAGUUCUUUCCUGGUUAUGUACUGACAGGUGGCUUGUU